ACGUGAAGUAAGUAGUUUCUUGUAGUCGAGCUGCAGCGUGUUCAAAUCUCGCGCAACAGCUGAUAUUUCGCUUUUACUUUAUCGGUGGAAUUGAUCGGGUUGCACCGUCAGAUUGAACUCUCGAGAUUUCGUGACUGUUGCAGGAUCAGUGAUGGAGGAGGAUCUAGGGCACCUUGUGGCUAAGAAGACUAAAGAGGAGUCUGGUAGUGUCCUUUUCACCUACUUCCAAGGAGACAUCAACAGCAUGGUGGAUGAACAUUUCUCCCGUGCUCUGAGUCAAGCAAGUAAACCAAAGGAGGAACGCUCCAAAAUCAUAAGAAAUCAUAAAGUCGCUCAAACAAAUGGGCUUUCAAAUCAGUGGGAAUCACAAACCAGGUUUCAGCCCUUGUUUCCUCCAGAACAUCUCCGGCAAGGAACAAGCAGCGAGUCUCAAUCAAACAGUCAUAUGCCACCCAAUCACCCUCCAAACAGUGCUAUUCUGUGGUCAGGGGAUUCUAGGCAGGGGUUGAGUGUUGUUCUGCCCCCCGUGAUGUACCCCUCAGCUGCAUCCUCUGAUGGUUUGAUGGUGGCAGAACAUCAGUACUCUAAUUCUCUGUUAAAUUUCCUCCACAACGAUAACCCUGACUUGGGUACGGUGGUGCGACCCUCCAAACAAGACUUUACACCUAGAUGGGCAAGGUAUCCUGGAUUGGGCAAUCAGAUGACUGACAUGAAUCUCAACUCUGGUGUACAGGUGAUCGAAAAAAAGGACCUUUUUUGGUAUUAACAACGCUUUACGAGAUUCGAAGGAAAGAACAAAGAAGUCUUUCAUGGCUUUUUUCGUUUAACUGAACAAGUGACUAAUGGAUCUUGCAAUGCUUCACCUGGAGGCGUCUGUGCAUCCAACCUGUUCAGAAACAAGCUCUUCGUGUACCACAGCACAGAAGAAGAUUGUGCAGGAGAUUGGCCUCAGGCUCUGUGGUUAAAGACGUUUUACACGCACGCAGAAACACACGCUAAAUCUAAAAAGUCUUUCUCGGGGUGUUAACAACUGAUUUGAACAAUUGUUACAAACAUACAUUGAUUACAUAAGGGAAUAUAAAGAAGUAUAAAUGUAGCAAAACGUAAACUAUAAAGAGGUUUUUAUAUGGGCUUCAUUAUAAUAUAGUAAAGUGCAGAUGUUUCAGGUUGUAGUUUGCACAAACCAUAUUUAUUCUCAUGUCUUUUAUGUUCGGACAAGAGCAUUAUGCAACGUAUCUAUGUUGUCAUUUGUCAAAUUUAACUGCUUUAAGUGCCGGACAACACUGAGACUGGAUGCACAUCCUUUAAUGUCCACAACAAAAUAAAUCUUUCUUCUCUC